AUGUCUACUGAAAUGAAUCCAGUUGAUAUUGAACAAUCUCAUCAAACUGAUGAAUCAAUUAAAGUAGAUUUAAUGAAAAUUGAUGAUAAUUUAAAAUCAACUAUUACAUGUAAAUUAUAUGAUACAUUAACAGAUCCAGAAUGUAAAAAAUCUAAAUUAUCCGAUGUUUGGGAAACAAGUAAUACACCUCCAUUAGAAUAUCAAGAAUAUGAUUCGUUGAAAGUCAAGAAAGAUCUAUGUAAAGAUGAUACUAUCAAUGUAGAUGUUGUUGUUGAUGACGAUGAUCAUUUGAAGAAACUUUAUGAUACCGAAAAACUUGGACUAUGUUAUCGACAUACAGAUGAUUAUGAAAUAUAUCAUUCUAGUAUUGAAAAAGAUAUUUGUACAGAAUUAGAUAAUCCUAUGUACAUACCAAUUAAAUUACCAUUAAGUAGUAAUUUAUACGUUCCAGUAUAUUAUGUACAGUCAAGUGAAGAAUCUUCACCUAAAUUCAAUAAACAUAAUAUGGAUUUUAAUGACUCUAAAAAUAUCCAUAAGGAUUCUAAUCAUAAUCAUCAUAUCAAAUCAAUGGUAAGUCAUAAAUAUUUAUUAAAUUCUCAUGAUAACCUAAGUAAACAAAAUGAAUCUCAACGGCUAGCUAGUGAUUAUCAUAUCAAUAUCAAUAAUCAAGGAUAUGAAAAUUGUAUAUCAAAAUAUGAUAGAACUAAACCAGAACCUAAUCCUUACGACUUAGAAAUAUGUAAUGUACAAAACGAAUUAAAUGAACCAUUAAUGAAUACAAAACAGUCAGGAAAAUAUAAAUCAAAAACGAAUAAAGGGUUAUUAAAACAAAAACUACAAUUUAUGAAACCUAAAAUAAAAAUGAACAUGAAUAGUACAGAAAAUGAAAUUGUUCUACCAGAAAAUCAAAGAAAAAUUACUGAUGAAAGUAGUAGAAUGGAAAAAAGACGAAAAGUAGGUUGUUCACCAAAACUUAAAUUUAAAAAACAUGAACAUCAAAAUAUAAAUGACUUAGAAGUUAUGCAACAAAAUGACAAACCUGUUGAAGCAGUUAUCAGCGGAAAACAAUACAAACUCCCUCAUGUAAAUUCAAACAAUAAAAUCAUUGAAAAUGUAGCAAUAGAAACACAGAGAAUCGAAAGCAAACAGCUGACAAGAAAAACUAAAAUGAACAAUAUAAAGAAGAAUGAAGUGAAAGAGAAAAAACUAAAGACCUCCAAAGGUGUACAAAAAGAAAAAAGCCGAAAACCAGAAGAUAAAAUAAUGAAAGAAAAGAGGAUUGAAGACGUAAAACAGAAGAAAGAUGAUGAAAAGGUAAAAAAGAAAAACGCGAAAAGAAUGGUAAACCCAUGCAUAAAACUACAAAGAACAAAUGUAAAUAAGAUAAAAAAGGUUGAAAACAAAGACGACAAUCAAAUUACAGCAGAAAUGAAUGUAGAACAAGGAUUAACGAAAACCCCAGAGACACAAGAAAAUGAGAAAGCACAACCGAAGAAAUUCAAUUGGUCUCCGAAUAUCACGUUGCCAAAGUUGAAAGUGCAUGGACCAGAUGUGUCUGGAAAACUUCAUGCAGAUGCACCUGAUGUGAAUGUGAAUGUGACUGGUCCAUCUGUGAAGGUGCCAUCUGUGAAAGCCAGUGGUCAUUUGCCUACUGUCGAUGUGUCUGUUCCCGAUGCAUCGUUGGGAGGUGAUCUAUCCGGUAAGCUCGAUUUGGAGGGUGUCGGUGUGGGAGUUGUGGACGCCGAUUUGAAUCUGCCAGACCUACAGAUCUCAGGAAAUGUGAGUGCACCGUCUAUCGAAGGAGACCUUUCCAUGCCCGAUGUGUCCGCCAAUCUGGACACAGACGUGAAACUGCCCAGUGUGCAACUGACUGGUCCAGAUCUUCGUGUACAUGGUGAGAUGCCGGAUGUGGAUGUGGGUGCUAAGGUGGAUGUGCCGAAACCACAUAUUUCAAUCAAGGCACCGAAAUUCGGGUUCGGUCUGGGCAAGAAGAAGACGAAAGUGAAGACUCCAAAGGCUGAUGUGAAAGUGGAGGGUGGAGCAGGUGGGGAGAUAGAUUUGGAUGCCGGUUUGGACGCUCACUUAGAUGGUAAAACAAGAAAGGGAGGUAAGAAGUUCCAUUGGUCUCCUAAGUUCGGGUUGCCGAAGGGUGGUCUGAAGAUUGGUGGAGGUGCUGGUGUUGGAGUGCCGGACACCUCGGUGUCUGUCUCAGGUCCGACUGGUGGUGUGGAUGUGUCUCUUCCGAAACCCGAACUCGAUGUCUCCAUGGAGGUUCCCGAUGUUGAUGUGUCCGCCUCUGGGCCCGAAAUCGGUGUAUCAGGUGGUGCGAUUAGAGGUGGGGAGUUGGGACUGACUGGGAAGGUUUCUUCACCCGAUGUAGAUGUCAGUGUUCCAUCAAAGAAGAAGUUCACCUUCGGUUGGGGCUCGAAAGGCAAGAAGGCGAAGAAGGUGAAGUUGCCCACAGUGUCGGGAGACGUGGAUGCUGGUUUGGAUGUGGGUGGAAAGGUUGAUGUUCCCAGUGUGAAGGUCGAUGUGGACUCAGGUGAUCGAGUCAAAGGUAAGAAGUUCCACUGGUCUCCGAAUAUCACGUUGCCAAAGUUGAAAGUGCAUGGACCAGAUGUGUCUGGAAAACUUCAUGCAGAUGCACCUGAUGUGAAUGUGAAUGUGACUGGUCCAUCUGUGAAGGUGCCAUCUGUGAAAGCCAGUGGUCAUUUGCCUACUGUCGAUGUGUCUGUUCCCGAUGCAUCGUUGGGAGGUGAUCUAUCCGGUAAGCUCGAUUUGGAGGGUGUCGGUGUGGGAGUUGUGGACGCCGAUUUGAAUCUGCCAGACCUACAGAUCUCAGGAAAUGUGAGUGCACCGUCUAUCGAAGGAGACCUUUCCAUGCCCGAUGUGUCCGCCAAUCUGGACACAGACGUGAAACUGCCCAGUGUGCAACUGACUGGUCCAGAUCUUCGUGUACAUGGUGAGAUGCCGGAUGUGGAUGUGGGUGCUAAGGUGGAUGUGCCGAAACCACAUAUUUCAAUCAAGGCACCGAAAUUCGGGUUCGGUCUGGGCAAGAAGAAGACGAAAGUGAAGACUCCAAAGGCUGAUGUGAAAGUGGAGGGUGGAGCAGGUGGGGAGAUAGAUUUGGAUGCCGGUUUGGACGCUCACUUAGAUGGUAAAACAAGAAAGGGAGGUAAGAAGUUCCAUUGGUCUCCUAAGUUCGGGUUGCCGAAGGGUGGUCUGAAGAUUGGUGGAGGUGCUGGUGUUGGAGUGCCGGACACCUCGGUGUCUGUCUCAGGUCCGACUGGUGGUGUGGAUGUGUCUCUUCCGAAACCCGAACUCGAUGUCUCCAUGGAGGUUCCCGAUGUUGAUGUGUCCGCCUCUGGGCCCGAAAUCGGUGUAUCAGGUGGUGCGAUUAGAGGUGGGGAGUUGGGACUGACUGGGAAGGUUUCUUCACCCGAUGUAGAUGUCAGUGUUCCAUCAAAGAAGAAGUUCACCUUCGGUUGGGGCUCGAAAGGCAAGAAGGCGAAGAAGGUGAAGUUGCCCACAGUGUCGGGAGACGUGGAUGCUGGUUUGGAUGUGGGUGGAAAGGUUGAUGUUCCCAGUGUGAAGGUCGAUGUGGACUCAGGUGAUCGAGUCAAAGGUAAGAAGUUCCACUGGUCUCCGAAUAUCACGUUGCCAAAGUUGAAAGUGCAUGGACCAGAUGUGUCUGGAAAACUUCAUGCAGAUGCACCUGAUGUGAAUGUGAAUGUGACUGGUCCAUCUGUGAAGGUGCCAUCUGUGAAAGCCAGUGGUCAUUUGCCUACUGUCGAUGUGUCUGUUCCCGAUGCAUCGUUGGGAGGUGAUCUAUCCGGUAAGCUCGAUUUGGAGGGUGUCGGUGUGGGAGUUGUGGACGCCGAUUUGAAUCUGCCAGACCUACAGAUCUCAGGAAAUGUGAGUGCACCGUCUAUCGAAGGAGACCUUUCCAUGCCCGAUGUGUCCGCCAAUCUGGACACAGACGUGAAACUGCCCAGUGUGCAACUGACUGGUCCAGAUCUUCGUGUACAUGGUGAGAUGCCGGAUGUGGAUGUGGGUGCUAAGGUGGAUGUGCCGAAACCACAUAUUUCAAUCAAGGCACCGAAAUUCGGGUUCGGUCUGGGCAAGAAGAAGACGAAAGUGAAGACUCCAAAGGCUGAUGUGAAAGUGGAGGGUGGAGCAGGUGGGGAGAUAGAUUUGGAUGCCGGUUUGGACGCUCACUUAGAUGGUAAAACAAGAAAGGGAGGUAAGAAGUUCCAUUGGUCUCCUAAGUUCGGGUUGCCGAAGGGUGGUCUGAAGAUUGGUGGAGGUGCUGGUGUUGGAGUGCCGGACACCUCGGUGUCUGUCUCAGGUCCGACUGGUGGUGUGGAUGUGUCUCUUCCGAAACCCGAACUCGAUGUCUCCAUGGAGGUUCCCGAUGUUGAUGUGUCCGCCUCUGGGCCCGAAAUCGGUGUAUCAGGUGGUGCGAUUAGAGGUGGGGAGUUGGGACUGACUGGGAAGGUUUCUUCACCCGAUGUAGAUGUCAGUGUUCCAUCAAAGAAGAAGUUCACCUUCGGUUGGGGCUCGAAAGGCAAGAAGGCGAAGAAGGUGAAGUUGCCCACAGUGUCGGGAGACGUGGAUGCUGGUUUGGAUGUGGGUGGAAAGGUUGAUGUUCCCAGUGUGAAGGUCGAUGUGGACUCAGGUGAUCGAGUCAAAGGUAAGAAGUUCCACUGGUCUCCGAAUAUCACGUUGCCAAAGUUGAAAGUGCAUGGACCAGAUGUGUCUGGAAAACUUCAUGCAGAUGCACCUGAUGUGAAUGUGAAUGUGACUGGUCCAUCUGUGAAGGUGCCAUCUGUGAAAGCCAGUGGUCAUUUGCCUACUGUCGAUGUGUCUGUUCCCGAUGCAUCGUUGGGAGGUGAUCUAUCCGGUAAGCUCGAUUUGGAGGGUGUCGGUGUGGGAGUUGUGGACGCCGAUUUGAAUCUGCCAGACCUACAGAUCUCAGGAAAUGUGAGUGCACCGUCUAUCGAAGGAGACCUUUCCAUGCCCGAUGUGUCCGCCAAUCUGGACACAGACGUGAAACUGCCCAGUGUGCAACUGACUGGUCCAGAUCUUCGUGUACAUGGUGAGAUGCCGGAUGUGGAUGUGGGUGCUAAGGUGGAUGUGCCGAAACCACAUAUUUCAAUCAAGGCACCGAAAUUCGGGUUCGGUCUGGGCAAGAAGAAGACGAAAGCGAAGACUCCAAAGGCUGAUGUGAAAGUGGAGGGUGGAGCAGGUGGGGAGAUAGAUUUGGAUGCCGGUUUGGACGCUCACUUAGAUGGUAAAACAAGAAAGGGAGGUAAGAAGUUCCAUUGGUCUCCUAAGUUCGGGUUGCCGAAGGGUGGUCUGAAGAUUGGUGGAGGUGCUGGUGUUGGAGUGCCGGACACCUCGGUGUCUGUCUCAGGUCCGACUGGUGGUGUGGAUGUGUCUCUUCCGAAACCCGAACUCGAUGUCUCCAUGGAGGUUCCCGAUGUUGAUGUGUCCGCCUCUGGGCCCGAAAUCGGUGUAUCAGGUGGUGCGAUUAGAGGUGGGGAGUUGGGACUGACUGGGAAGGUUUCUUCACCCGAUGUAGAUGUCAGUGUUCCAUCAAAGAAGAAGUUCACCUUCGGUUGGGGCUCGAAAGGCAAGAAGGCGAAGAAGGUGAAGUUGCCCACAGUGUCGGGAGACGUGGAUGCUGGUUUGGAUGUGGGUGGAAAGGUUGAUGUUCCCAGUGUGAAGGUCGAUGUGGACUCAGGUGAUCGAGUCAAAGGUAAGAAGUUCCACUGGUCUCCGAAUAUCACGUUGCCAAAGUUGAAAGUGCAUGGACCAGAUGUGUCUGGAAAACUUCAUGCAGAUGCACCUGAUGUGAAUGUGAAUGUGACUGGUCCAUCUGUGAAGGUGCCAUCUGUGAAAGCCAGUGGUCAUUUGCCUACUGUCGAUGUGUCUGUUCCCGAUGCAUCGUUGGGAGGUGAUCUAUCCGGUAAGCUCGAUUUGGAGGGUGUCGGUGUGGGAGUUGUGGACGCCGAUUUGAAUCUGCCAGACCUACAGAUCUCAGGAAAUGUGAGUGCACCGUCUAUCGAAGGAGACCUUUCCAUGCCCGAUGUGUCCGCCAAUCUGGACACAGACGUGAAACUGCCCAGUGUGCAACUGACUGGUCCAGAUCUUCGUGUACAUGGUGAGAUGCCGGAUGUGGAUGUGGGUGCUAAGGUGGAUGUGCCGAAACCACAUAUUUCAAUCAAGGCACCGAAAUUCGGGUUCGGUCUGGGCAAGAAGAAGACGAAAGCGAAGACUCCAAAGGCUGAUGUGAAAGUGGAGGGUGGAGCAGGUGGGGAGAUAGAUUUGGAUGCCGGUUUGGACGCUCACUUAGAUGGUAAAACAAGAAAGGGAGGUAAGAAGUUCCAUUGGUCUCCUAAGUUCGGGUUGCCGAAGGGUGGUCUGAAGAUUGGUGGAGGUGCUGGUGUUGGAGUGCCGGACACCUCGGUGUCUGUCUCAGGUCCGACUGGUGGUGUGGAUGUGUCUCUUCCGAAACCCGAACUCGAUGUCUCCAUGGAGGUUCCCGAUGUUGAUGUGUCCGCCUCUGGGCCCGAAAUCGGUGUAUCAGGUGGUGCGAUUAGAGGUGGGGAGUUGGGACUGACUGGGAAGGUUUCUUCACCCGAUGUAGAUGUCAGUGUUCCAUCAAAGAAGAAGUUCACCUUCGGUUGGGGCUCGAAAGGCAAGAAGGCGAAGAAGGUGAAGUUGCCCACAGUGUCGGGAGACGUGGAUGCUGGUUUGGAUGUGGGUGGAAAGGUUGAUGUUCCCAGUGUGAAGGUCGAUGUGGACUCAGGUGAUCGAGUCAAAGGUAAGAAGUUCCACUGGUCUCCGAAUAUCACGUUGCCAAAGUUGAAAGUGCAUGGACCAGAUGUGUCUGGAAAACUUCAUGCAGAUGCACCUGAUGUGAAUGUGAAUGUGACUGGUCCAUCUGUGAAGGUGCCAUCUGUGAAAGCCAGUGGUCAUUUGCCUACUGUCGAUGUGUCUGUUCCCGAUGCAUCGUUGGGAGGUGAUCUAUCCGGUCCGACUGGUGGUGUGGAUGUGUCUCUUCCGAAACCCGAACUCGAUGUCUCCAUGGAGGUUCCCGAUGUUGAUGUGUCCGCCUCUGGGCCCGAAAUCGGUGUAUCAGGUGGUGCGAUUAGAGGUGGGGAGUUGGGACUGACUGGGAAGGUUUCUUCACCCGAUGUAGAUGUCAGUGUUCCAUCAAAGAAGAAGUUCACCUUCGGUUGGGGCUCGAAAGGCAAGAAGGCGAAGAAGGUGAAGUUGCCCACAGUGUCGGGAGACGUGGAUGCUGGUUUGGAUGUGGGUGGAAAGGUUGAUGUUCCCAGUGUGAAGGUCGAUGUGGACUCAGGUGAUCGAGUCAAAGGUAAGAAGUUCCACUGGUCUCCGAAUAUCACGUUGCCAAAGUUGAAAGUGCAUGGACCAGAUGUGUCUGGAAAACUUCAUGCAGAUGCACCUGAUGUGAAUGUGAAUGUGACUGGUCCAUCUGUGAAGGUGCCAUCUGUGAAAGCCAGUGGUCAUUUGCCUACUGUCGAUGUGUCUGUUCCCGAUGCAUCGUUGGGAGGUGAUCUAUCCGGUAAGCUCGAUUUGGAGGGUGUCGGUGUGGGAGUUGUGGACGCCGAUUUGAAUCUGCCAGACCUACAGAUCUCAGGAAAUGUGAGUGCACCGUCUAUCGAAGGAGACCUUUCCAUGCCCGAUGUGUCCGCCAAUCUGGACACAGACGUGAAACUGCCCAGUGUGCAACUGACUGGUCCAGAUCUUCGUGUACAUGGUGAGAUGCCGGAUGUGGAUGUGGGUGCUAAGGUGGAUGUGCCGAAACCACAUAUUUCAAUCAAGGCACCGAAAUUCGGGUUCGGUCUGGGCAAGAAGAAGACGAAAGUGAAGACUCCAAAGGCUGAUGUGAAAGUGGAGGGUGGAGCAGGUGGGGAGAUAGAUUUGGAUGCCGGUUUGGACGCUCACUUAGAUGGUAAAACAAGAAAGGGAGGUAAGAAGUUCCAUUGGUCUCCUAAGUUCGGGUUGCCGAAGGGUGGUCUGAAGAUUGGUGGAGGUGCUGGUGUUGGAGUGCCGGACACCUCGGUGUCUGUCUCAGGUCCGACUGGUGGUGUGGAUGUGUCUCUUCCGAAACCCGAACUCGAUGUCUCCAUGGAGGUUCCCGAUGUUGAUGUGUCCGCCUCUGGGCCCGAAAUCGGUGUAUCAGGUGGUGCGAUUAGAGGUGGGGAGUUGGGACUGACUGGGAAGGUUUCUUCACCCGAUGUAGAUGUCAGUGUUCCAUCAAAGAAGAAGUUCACCUUCGGUUGGGGCUCGAAAGGCAAGAAGGCGAAGAAGGUGAAGUUGCCCACAGUGUCGGGAGACGUGGAUGCUGGUUUGGAUGUGGGUGGAAAGGUUGAUGUUCCCAGUGUGAAGGUCGAUGUGGACUCAGGUGAUCGAGUCAAAGGUAAGAAGUUCCACUGGUCUCCGAAUAUCACGUUGCCAAAGUUGAAAGUGCAUGGACCAGAUGUGUCUGGAAAACUUCAUGCAGAUGCACCUGAUGUGAAUGUGAAUGUGACUGGUCCAUCUGUGAAGGUGCCAUCUGUGAAAGCCAGUGGUCAUUUGCCUACUGUCGAUGUGUCUGUUCCCGAUGCAUCGUUGGGAGGUGAUCUAUCCGGUAAGCUCGAUUUGGAGGGUGUCGGUGUGGGAGUUGUGGACGCCGAUUUGAAUCUGCCAGACCUACAGAUCUCAGGAAAUGUGAGUGCACCGUCUAUCGAAGGAGACCUUUCCAUGCCCGAUGUGUCCGCCAAUCUGGACACAGACGUGAAACUGCCCAGUGUGCAACUGACUGGUCCAGAUCUUCGUGUACAUGGUGAGAUGCCGGAUGUGGAUGUGGGUGCUAAGGUGGAUGUGCCGAAACCACAUAUUUCAAUCAAGGCACCGAAAUUCGGGUUCGGUCUGGGCAAGAAGAAGACGAAAGUGAAGACUCCAAAGGCUGAUGUGAAAGUGGAGGGUGGAGCAGGUGGGGAGAUAGAUUUGGAUGCCGGUUUGGACGCUCACUUAGAUGGUAAAACAAGAAAGGGAGGUAAGAAGUUCCAUUGGUCUCCUAAGUUCGGGUUGCCGAAGGGUGGUCUGAAGAUUGGUGGAGGUGCUGGUGUUGGAGUGCCGGACACCUCGGUGUCUGUCUCAGGUCCGACUGGUGGUGUGGAUGUGUCUCUUCCGAAACCCGAACUCGAUGUCUCCAUGGAGGUUCCCGAUGUUGAUGUGUCCGCCUCUGGGCCCGAAAUCGGUGUAUCAGGUGGUGCGAUUAGAGGUGGGGAGUUGGGACUGACUGGGAAGGUUUCUUCACCCGAUGUAGAUGUCAGUGUUCCAUCAAAGAAGAAGUUCACCUUCGGUUGGGGCUCGAAAGGCAAGAAGGCGAAGAAGGUGAAGUUGCCCACAGUGUCGGGAGACGUGGAUGCUGGUUUGGAUGUGGGUGGAAAGGUUGAUGUUCCCAGUGUGAAGGUCGAUGUGGACUCAGGUGAUCGAGUCAAAGGUAAGAAGUUCCACUGGUCUCCGAAUAUCACGUUGCCAAAGUUGAAAGUGCAUGGACCAGAUGUGUCUGGAAAACUUCAUGCAGAUGCACCUGAUGUGAAUGUGAAUGUGACUGGUCCAUCUGUGAAGGUGCCAUCUGUGAAAGCCAGUGGUCAUUUGCCUACUGUCGAUGUGUCUGUUCCCGAUGCAUCGUUGGGAGGUGAUCUAUCCGGUAAGCUCGAUUUGGAGGGUGUCGGUGUGGGAGUUGUGGACGCCGAUUUGAAUCUGCCAGACCUACAGAUCUCAGGAAAUGUGAGUGCACCGUCUAUCGAAGGAGACCUUUCCAUGCCCGAUGUGUCCGCCAAUCUGGACACAGACGUGAAACUGCCCAGUGUGCAACUGACUGGUCCAGAUCUUCGUGUACAUGGUGAGAUGCCGGAUGUGGAUGUGGGUGCUAAGGUGGAUGUGCCGAAACCACAUAUUUCAAUCAAGGCACCGAAAUUCGGGUUCGGUCUGGGCAAGAAGAAGACGAAAGUGAAGACUCCAAAGGCUGAUGUGAAAGUGGAGGGUGGAGCAGGUGGGGAGAUAGAUUUGGAUGCCGGUUUGGACGCUCACUUAGAUGGUAAAACAAGAAAGGGAGGUAAGAAGUUCCAUUGGUCUCCUAAGUUCGGGUUGCCGAAGGGUGGUCUGAAGAUUGGUGGAGGUGCUGGUGUUGGAGUGCCGGACACCUCGGUGUCUGUCUCAGGUCCGACUGGUGGUGUGGAUGUGUCUCUUCCGAAACCCGAACUCGAUGUCUCCAUGGAGGUUCCCGAUGUUGAUGUGUCCGCCUCUGGGCCCGAAAUCGGUGUAUCAGGUGGUGCGAUUAGAGGUGGGGAGUUGGGACUGACUGGGAAGGUUUCUUCACCCGAUGUAGAUGUCAGUGUUCCAUCAAAGAAGAAGUUCACCUUCGGUUGGGGCUCGAAAGGCAAGAAGGCGAAGAAGGUGAAGUUGCCCACAGUGUCGGGAGACGUGGAUGCUGGUUUGGAUGUGGGUGGAAAGGUUGAUGUUCCCAGUGUGAAGGUCGAUGUGGACUCAGGUGAUCGAGUCAAAGGUAAGAAGUUCCACUGGUCUCCGAAUAUCACGUUGCCAAAGUUGAAAGUGCAUGGACCAGAUGUGUCUGGAAAACUUCAUGCAGAUGCACCUGAUGUGAAUGUGAAUGUGACUGGUCCAUCUGUGAAGGUGCCAUCUGUGAAAGCCAGUGGUCAUUUGCCUACUGUCGAUGUGUCUGUUCCCGAUGCAUCGUUGGGAGGUGAUCUAUCCGGUAAGCUCGAUUUGGAGGGUGUCGGUGUGGGAGUUGUGGACGCCGAUUUGAAUCUGCCAGACCUACAGAUCUCAGGAAAUGUGAGUGCACCGUCUAUCGAAGGAGACCUUUCCAUGCCCGAUGUGUCCGCCAAUCUGGACACAGACGUGAAACUGCCCAGUGUGCAACUGACUGGUCCAGAUCUUCGUGUACAUGGUGAGAUGCCGGAUGUGGAUGUGGGUGCUAAGGUGGAUGUGCCGAAACCACAUAUUUCAAUCAAGGCACCGAAAUUCGGGUUCGGUCUGGGCAAGAAGAAGACGAAAGUGAAGACUCCAAAGGCUGAUGUGAAAGUGGAGGGUGGAGCAGGUGGGGAGAUAGAUUUGGAUGCCGGUUUGGACGCUCACUUAGAUGGUAAAACAAGAAAGGGAGGUAAGAAGUUCCAUUGGUCUCCUAAGUUCGGGUUGCCGAAGGGUGGUCUGAAGAUUGGUGGAGGUGCUGGUGUUGGAGUGCCGGACACCUCGGUGUCUGUCUCAGGUCCGACUGGUGGUGUGGAUGUGUCUCUUCCGAAACCCGAACUCGAUGUCUCCAUGGAGGUUCCCGAUGUUGAUGUGUCCGCCUCUGGGCCCGAAAUCGGUGUAUCAGGUGGUGCGAUUAGAGGUGGGGAGUUGGGACUGACUGGGAAGGUUUCUUCACCCGAUGUAGAUGUCAGUGUUCCAUCAAAGAAGAAGUUCACCUUCGGUUGGGGCUCGAAAGGCAAGAAGGCGAAGAAGGUGAAGUUGCCCACAGUGUCGGGAGACGUGGAUGCUGGUUUGGAUGUGGGUGGAAAGGUUGAUGUUCCCAGUGUGAAGGUCGAUGUGAACUCAGGUGAUCGAGUCAAAGGUAAGAAGUUCCACUGGUCUCCGAAUAUCACGUUGCCAAAGUUGAAAGUGCAUGGACCAGAUGUGUCUGGAAAACUUCAUGCAGAUGCACCUGAUGUGAAUGUGAAUGUGACUGGUCCAUCUGUGAAGGUGCCAUCUGUGAAAGCCAGUGGUCAUUUGCCUACUGUCGAUGUGUCUGUUCCCGAUGCAUCGUUGGGAGGUGAUCUAUCCGGUAAGCUCGAUUUGGAGGGUGUCGGUGUGGGAGUUGUGGACGCCGAUUUGAAUCUGCCAGACCUACAGAUCUCAGGAAAUGUGAGUGCACCGUCUAUCGAAGGAGACCUUUCCAUGCCCGAUGUGUCCGCCAAUCUGGACACAGACGUGAAACUGCCCAGUGUGCAACUGACUGGUCCAGAUCUUCGUGUACAUGGUGAGAUGCCGGAUGUGGAUGUGGGUGCUAAGGUGGAUGUGCCGAAACCACAUAUUUCAAUCAAGGCACCGAAAUUCGGGUUCGGUCUGGGCAAGAAGAAGACGAAAGUGAAGACUCCAAAGGCUGAUGUGAAAGUGGAGGGUGGAGCAGGUGGGGAGAUAGAUUUGGAUGCCGGUUUGGACGCUCACUUAGAUGGUAAAACAAGAAAGGGAGGUAAGAAGUUCCAUUGGUCUCCUAAGUUCGGGUUGCCGAAGGGUGGUCUGAAGAUUGGUGGAGGUGCUGGUGUUGGAGUGCCGGACACCUCGGUGUCUGUCUCAGGUCCGACUGGUGGUGUGGAUGUGUCUCUUCCGAAACCCGAACUCGAUGUCUCCAUGGAGGUUCCCGAUGUUGAUGUGUCCGCCUCUGGGCCCGAAAUCGGUGUAUCAGGUGGUGCGAUUAGAGGUGGGGAGUUGGGACUGACUGGGAAGGUUUCUUCACCCGAUGUAGAUGUCAGUGUUCCAUCAAAGAAGAAGUUCACCUUCGGUUGGGGCUCGAAAGGCAAGAAGGCGAAGAAGGUGAAGUUGCCCACAGUGUCGGGAGACGUGGAUGCUGGUUUGGAUGUGGGUGGAAAGGUUGAUGUUCCCAGUGUGAAGGUCGAUGUGGACUCAGGUGAUCGAGUCAAAGGUAAGAAGUUCCACUGGUCUCCGAAUAUCACGUUGCCAAAGUUGAAAGUGCAUGGACCAGAUGUGUCUGGAAAACUUCAUGCAGAUGCACCUGAUGUGAAUGUGAAUGUGACUGGUCCAUCUGUGAAGGUGCCAUCUGUGAAAGCCAGUGGUCAUUUGCCUACUGUCGAUGUGUCUGUUCCCGAUGCAUCGUUGGGAGGUGAUCUAUCCGGUAAGCUCGAUUUGGAGGGUGUCGGUGUGGGAGUUGUGGACGCCGAUUUGAAUCUGCCAGACCUACAGAUCUCAGGAAAUGUGAGUGCACCGUCUAUCGAAGGAGACCUUUCCAUGCCCGAUGUGUCCGCCAAUCUGGACACAGACGUGAAACUGCCCAGUGUGCAACUGACUGGUCCAGAUCUUCGUGUACAUGGUGAGAUGCCGGAUGUGGAUGUGGGUGCUAAGGUGGAUGUGCCGAAACCACAUAUUUCAAUCAAGGCACCGAAAUUCGGGUUCGGUCUGGGCAAGAAGAAGACGAAAGUGAAGACUCCAAAGGCUGAUGUGAAAGUGGAGGGUGGAGCAGGUGGGGAGAUAGAUUUGGAUGCCGGUUUGGACGCUCACUUAGAUGGUAAAACAAGAAAGGGAGGUAAGAAGUUCCAUUGGUCUCCUAAGUUCGGGUUGCCGAAGGGUGGUCUGAAGAUUGGUGGAGGUGCUGGUGUUGGAGUGCCGGACACCUCGGUGUCUGUCUCAGGUCCGACUGGUGGUGUGGAUGUGUCUCUUCCGAAACCCGAACUCGAUGUCUCCAUGGAGGUUCCCGAUGUUGAUGUGUCCGCCUCUGGGCCCGAAAUCGGUGUAUCAGGUGGUGCGAUUAGAGGUGGGGAGUUGGGACUGACUGGGAAGGUUUCUUCACCCGAUGUAGAUGUCAGUGUUCCAUCAAAGAAGAAGUUCACCUUCGGUUGGGGCUCGAAAGGCAAGAAGGCGAAGAAGGUGAAGUUGCCCACAGUGUCGGGAGACGUGGAUGCUGGUUUGGAUGUGGGUGGAAAGGUUGAUGUUCCCAGUGUGAAGGUCGAUGUGGACUCAGGUGAUCGAGUCAAAGGUAAGAAGUUCCACUGGUCUCCGAAUAUCACGUUGCCAAAGUUGAAAGUGCAUGGACCAGAUGUGUCUGGAAAACUUCAUGCAGAUGCACCUGAUGUGAAUGUGAAUGUGACUGGUACAUCUGAAUUAAAUAAUUGUGUUUGUUCUACUAUGAUUUCAUCUUUUCCUUCUUCUGUCGAUUAUUCACCGUCUUAUAUUUUAUCGGAUUCUUGCUUAUCUUCCGAGUUUUUACAGUCUUACGCGCCUGCUUCUGUUGUGGUUAUGUCUGAUGAUGGGAAUUUUUCUACUACGGGGACUUUCAAUCCUCCUGUUGUUUCUUCUCCUUCUCCUACUGAGCCUUUGGAACCUGUUGAUUUGCUUCCUGUCGUUGAGGAGCCUCUUAUCUCACCGUUUUCCUCACCUGAGUUUUGUAACUCUAGCACACUUCCCUCUCGAAUUUUGCCUAGAAAUGCCUUCCAAGAUAUAGAUGAGAGCUUUUCGUCUCCUGUUGAUUCUGGUUUUAAUGGUGAUAUUUCUAAUGAUGAGGUUGAAAUUGAUGAAAUUUUUAUUGUUCCCAUUCAAACCAAUCGUGUCCUGCCGAAAGAGCAAUAUUUCACAGAAUCACAGGACAUAUUAGCUGCUGAAGCUGAAGAAAAAUCUUAUCAUCCUGCUGAGAAUUUGGAUGCAUCACAUGGGAUGAAGUCUGAUAAGACUAAAUUACACAGUCCAUUUCAUAUUUUUAAAUCAAAAAAACAUGAAAAAGACUCUGUUCAUCGAGUAAAAGUCAUCGAUGCCAACGACCAAAUCUCAAGAAACACUGAAAAACCUAAUGUUGAUAAUACUCAUCAUAGCAUCCCCGAUGGUACAGGACAUAAUAAAGUUGACAGUAAGUCUAAGAAAAAGGUGAAAUCUCAUCAUAAGAAACCACGUAUAUUCGGUGGUCAAAUAUCAACUAAUGAAAUUAUUUCAGAUACUCCUAUGAAGCUGGAUCAUCAUGAAGACUACCACGACGUUAUAGGAUUAUCUUUUUCUGAUCAUAAUACUGAUCUUACUUUGACUCCUCGGCGUUCUCCCAGUAAACUUAGAGAUCCGUCUAUUCGGAAAACAUGGCAUGGUGCAAGAGAACCCUAUUCUGACUUUGUAGGAACUCUCGGUUCAGAUCAAGAUAAAUACACAUUAACCGAAGAUGUUUCGGUUAGUUAUCUAGAACCAGAGUCAAACACGAAAUCCUCAAACAACAAUUCAUUAAACGCUUCUGACUUUCUUCGACGUAGUAUAGGAAAUUCAACAAAACGCCGCCCUUGGAGCACUUUAGAAUAUCCACCACCCGGGUGUCAUUUUGUGGAUGAUGAUUACAUGUUUCCAGAUGCUUUAACACCGACUAAAAUUCCAAGUUUCCGAGCAAGCAAGGAAAUAGUUUACGAUGUUCCAUAUAUAGACGAUAAAGCCAUUCCACGUUAUGAACCUGAAUGGCCCAUAGGUGAAUCAAGAAGAACAUUAAUAUCUCAACUCUCGCAGAAUAGUGGCAGUAUUUUUGGAAUGACAGCUGAGGAAGAAAGCAGUCUUAUAUCUCUUGAGGCUUUUCAUCUUAAAUUUCUCGUUUAUUCAAUUAACGUGUGAUUGGUACAGAUUAAAGGUAACUGUGUGUUCUUUUUUAGUUCACAUAAGAAUUUGUGUAUUUUUCUACAUAAUUUAGUAUAACUUAUAUAAUUAAGCUUAGAAGGAAUGCAUAAUAUCAGGACACCAUAAAUCAUAAAUACUAAGAGAGUGUUGAAGGCAGUUAGCAAGGUGUGUGGUGAAUCUUUUGAGGUCAUUAAUAAUACAGUUGUGGAUAGACUCUUAAGUUUUGCAAACUCUUGGCAGGUGUUAUCUUAUCAGAUACUAACCAUCCACUUCAUUCAUAUCCUUCUCCUUGUAUAUAUUCUGGUAGAACGAGACGUAAAUACAUUGAAAUUCAUGCACGCAAGCAAAUCUAUAAAAGUUCUGUAAUACCUUUCCUAGCAAAUAUACUCUGUGACGAACAGGUUGUUAGAGUUAACCUGAUCAAUAACCUGUAUUCUUAAACAUAUCUGAAAUUUAAUAAUUUUGUUACAGACUCGGUUUCGUCAUUUCAUAUAAGUGUUUGAUGAUAAUAACUGUUUUUAAUUUAAGAUGGCUGGAUAGAAUCAAUAAGAUAGAUAAAUUGUAGAUAGAUCUUAUGAUUUUCUGUAUUUAUCAACUGUUCAGAUCUAAUAACUCAAUGAUAAUGUCCUUGAUUUCUGCAAUAAGUGAUACGGGUUGUAACUCAUAUGAAAGUAUCUUCAUGACAUAUAUCAUUAAGUGCAAAAUCUAGAUCUGAUACAUCCUACCUAUUACGUUAACUCAAAAGAAUAAAAGCUACCGUUUAGUAUUACAACAUUUUACUUAAUGACUUUGUCUAACAAAAGAGUUAACUGUUCGAUAUUGCAUAACACUCUAUGAUAUAUUCAUGCAGUGUUUAUCACUGUUUAAGUUACAAGAUUAGUUCUUUCAAAAGCAUGCUCACUAGUGAGGAUUUUGAACAUAAGUAAUGAUAAUUUUAAUUUGGAGAGCAUUAGCCAAAUCUUGGCUAUAACAAUGUACAAAUUAGAAUAAAGAUAAAUAUUGCAAGGCUUCAAUGAAUAAACCACUAACUAUCUAUGACCUUAUAGAUUAUUUUCAAUAGGAUUUAGUAAUUAGGUGAUAGAAUACUGCGAAAAACAGGAAUACAUUCUUUAGAACAAGAAAUAACCAGCAGAAUAAGGUGAAUACAUAUGUUCCCAUAAAAAAUCAAUAAGAAAAGAUCCUUUCCUUCUCCUGUUCGGUAAUGAAGCCAAUACAAAUCAUAUGGUAAGAAAUCCUCAUAUGAAUCAGUGAAUUUUCAAUGACUAAUAUUACAGAUAAUAUAAUAUAAUCUUCAGAAAUUUGAAUAUAAUUACUGAAAAGCUAUUCACAAUUAUAUAAUCUUUAUCAACCACAUCACAAUAGCAUUGAAAGAAUGUCAAUCUACAUACAUUUGUAAUUUAAAAUUAUUUAGCAAUAUCAGAAGGGCUUUUGUGGAGAUUUCAGUGAUUUUAUAGUCGAAAUCCUGAGUCAAUUGAAGUUAUACCACCAUGAAACACCUGGAAACACUGGACGGCCAUUUCGUCCUAUUAUGGGACUCCUC